AGCCGAGGCAGUGUUGCGCGUCACCGCGCUCAGCCAGCAGCAAGGCGAGCAAGGCACCGCGGCCAGAAAUAACUGACUCGAGUUCGACGCGGUGCUCGCUGCUCGUGGCUGCUCGGCGCGCGGUGUUUGUCUGCUUCUCUGGUCCUCUGGUUCGACGGGGUCCAUCGCGACGCGUGGAGUGGGACGGCCGGGACGGCAGACGCAAGGGCCAAGGGGGCCGCCGAACGCGCGGAACGCGCCCACCAGUGCAGUGAUGCUCUUCUACUGGGGCACCAAGCCCGCGCCGCACCCCGACAUGGAGUACGUGCAGCUCGCCUCCGGCCACCAGAUGCCCGCCGUGGGCCUCGGCACCUGGCAAGCGCGGGCCGAGGAGAUGGAGCGCGCCGUGCUGGACGCGCUGGAGGCGGGCUACCGGCACUUUGACACGGCCUUCAACUACGGCAACGAGAAGGACAUCGGGCGAGUGCUCAAGGACUGGCUGGAUCAGGGUCGCGGCAAGCGCGAGGACCUGUUCGUCGUCUCGAAGCUGCCGAUGUUCGGCAACAAGCCCGAGCUGGUGGAGCCGUACCUGAGGAAGUCGCUGCAGCGGCUGCAGCUGGAGUACCUCGACCUGUACCUGGUGCACCACCCGUUCGGCGUGCAGGCCGACGCGUCCGGGGAGGUGCUGCUGCUGUCGGAGGACGGCUGUCCGACCCUGGACCCGGCCACCGACCACGUCGCCAUUUGGAAGGAGAUGGAGCGGAUGGUGGACCUGGGCCUGGUGCGCUCGCUGGGCGUGUCCAACUUCAACGUGGCGCAGGUGCGGCGGCUCGUCAAGGCGGCGCGCGUGCCCGUCUCCGUGAACCAGGUCGAGCUGCACGCGUCGCUGCAGCAGGCCGGCCUGGUGGAGGCGUGCCGAGACCUGGGCGUCGCCAUCACCGCCUACUCGCCGCUGGGCUCCCCCGGCGCCCAGUCGCACUUCAUCAACAAGUACAACUACAGCGCGGACAACUUCCCCGACCUGCUGGGUCACCCGGUGGUCCGCGAGCUGAGCAUCAAGUACCACAAGACCCCCGGCCAGUUGCUGCUACGGUUCAUGCUGCAGCUCAAAGUGGCCGUUAUACCCAAGAGUGCCAACCCCACUCGGAUACGGGAAAAUAUCAAUGUUUUUGAUUUUGAACUCAGUCCCGAGGAGGUGCAGUCCAUGAGAGCGCUGGACAGAGGUGAAAGUGGGCGGAUAUUUAACUUCUUCUUCUGGAAAGGGAUAAAUAAGCAUCCCGAGUACCCAUUCCCUUUACCAGAUCAAACCGAUAUAACCCAGUAAAACUUAGCAUAAUUUAUUUUGCAUAUGCAAAUUAUUUUUUUAUGCUCAUUAUUUGCUCAUUUGUUUAGAGGCUGUUUCUCCUCAAUAUUAGGAAGGAGAGAUGAUAUAAAUUGGCUGUGUUCAGAGUUCAAGCUUAUGUAAUUUUGAAAGAAUCAGAAGCACAAUUUAUUUCUUAAAACUGUAGCAUAAGGCACAUUAAGAAAAUUAAUUUCAAAGACAGUAAAUUAAUUUUAAAGACAUAUCAUUAAAUAAAGUUAAAACAUACAUAAGGACCGGGUA